GAGCCUGUCAUCCAGAACUUUUAAGAUGGGGGAGCUGAGGUCCAGUCCCCCUGCUUUCUGUCUGGGCCAGAAGAACUUGGAGUCAGCUGGAACAGAAAGGUGCCGCUCAACAAGUCAGCUCCCACAGGAGUCCUGCACUCCUCUCGCAAUAAAACCGGUUCAGCUCCUGAUAAAAUCACUGAACGAGCUGAUUGUGGAGCAGAGGGAGGUGCCCUUUGAGGCGAUGAGGGUUAUGCACGAAUCCUAUGAAAAACAAAGAACGAAGGCUUUGAAGGAGUGUCGCAGCAGGGAGGAGGACGGGAUUAUCCUGGCAUCAGGGAGCAGGUGGCCCAGGAGUAAUGUUGCUUCAAACUUGGAGGUUUCGCCAGACACCAAAGUGAAGGAGAACCCCUCAGACUCAUGGACACCAGAGCCCAUUCCAUAUGCUGAUCUGUGCUUUAGGGGGAAGCUGGCCUGUAGGUCCAGCUGCUCUGCUGCUGAAAGGAGAGACCCCGAGAGGAGCACAAUCAGCAGCUUAAACCUGGGAGACCUGAGGUGCUCCCCAGCUACGGAGGUGAAGCUGCAAAGGCUCACUGCAGAAAUAAAAAGGAAGACGUGUGUCACAGUGUCAGAGAGGGAUCGCAAAAUAGCAGCUAUCAUGCUGGUGAAACACGAAGAGGAGCAGGAUCGUCUGAAGCUCUCACAGCAGGAGGAGCAGAAGCACCAGGAGGUUCGCAGGCAGGAGGAGGCCCAGCAGGCCCAAGCAGAAAAAGAGCUAAGGAGGAAACUGAGGCAGAGUAUGAAGCGCUGGAACAAGGAGCUGGAGGCCCGCAGGAGGCUGAGGCAACGUUGGGAGCAGGAGAAAACAAGGCAGCUGGAGCAGGAGGUACUGCUCCAAGAGGACCGCUGGAAGAGGCUGAAGGAGGAGGUGGAUGCACAACGCAAAGAAAAGUUGGAGGGUGCACUGAGAGAGGCAGAGGAGCGCAAACACUGCCAGGAGAAGCUGCUGAGAGAGAAGGAGGAGUUUGAGAAGAGGGAGCAGGAGAGAGUGCGACAGGCAGCAGUAGUGAUGGGGGAGAGGGCCUGUAGGAGCAAACUGCAGCAGGAGAAGAAGGAGCAGAAGAGACUGCAGGAGGAGAACCGCAGGGAGCUGCUGAGGCACAUCCUGCUCAAGAAACGGCUGGAGCAGCAGAUGGAGGAAGAGGAGGCACAAAUGAUGAGCGCACUGCAGAAAAAUCUGCAACGCUCCUCUGAGAAACGAGCCCAAGUGGUGGAGGCGCAGCUGAGGAGGCGGCAGGAGCGCUCUGCUCGGGAGCAGGAGCAGCUUCAGAGAGCCCAGCUGAGGGCCAAGCUGCAAAACAUCCAGCAGCUCACAGGCAAACACCUCCUGGUCCAAACGAGCCAGCGCCGCAUGGAGAGAGCGGCUCUGAACGCCUCCUCGCUGCUGAGGAGCAGAGCUCAGCAGACCCGAGAACACAACCAGCACAGGGAGAACCGCCACCAGAGACUCAGGGAGGAGAUCCAGAGAGAGGAGGAGGCCACGACGAAGGCCAGAGAGAGCUGCCUUUCUGUGAAGGAGUGGAAGAGGGAGAGGCUGCUGAGACAGAGACAACAGAUUCACGAGGAGGCGCAGAGGCUGACUCGAGCCUCCUUCUACAUGAGGGAGGGAGUGAGGCAGCAGACACACAGUCGAACCUUUGAUCAGAUGGCUCUGGAGGCUCAGCUGACGGCCUCCAUACGAUGCAUGAAACUAUGA